AUGUUCAUUGGCAACUUUGUGGGCGACAAGCGGCAAGGGCUUGGAGUGCGGUACCUUGUCUGCAAGGGCAAAAAGUAUGUGGCAGAGUGGGUGGACGACAAGCCGGUCUGCGGCACAGUGCUGGCACUGGACAGCGCCGACCUCGAGCCGCCCUCUGCUCACGGGCUUGCAGAAGCUCUCGCGCGCGAGGCGGCGCGGCGGCAGCUGUCCAAGGGCGGCGCCGGCCCGACAGGCGCAGAUUCAAACGGCAGCCCGGCGCCGCUGCCCGUGAUAUACCUUUCGCAGCCGAGCAAGGUGCUGGCGCGCGAAUUCGUGGCCGUCCGCGCGGCGCGCGAGGCGCGGGCCGCGCGCCCGCCGCCGCCCACCGCGCUCCCAGGCGCGGCGCUGCAGGCUGCCGCGGCGGGCGGGGACGCGACGCUUGCGGCGCAGCAGGUGGAGCUGCUGCGGCACGCGUUCACGCUCAUGGCCGGCGACGACGGCCGCCGCGCGCGGCUGCUGCCGCGGCAGCUGCCGGAGCUGGCCGUGCUGGCCGGCCUCGACCCAGCGGCGCGGCCCACGGUGGCGCUGCUGGACCAGGUCAGGACGAGGUGCCGUUCUGACGCGGCGGGCGGUGUCUCGCUGGACGCCCUGCUGCAUGCGGCGGUGCACUUCAGGAUGCAGCCGCUGGCGCCCGCGGCGGAGAGCGGUGCAGGGCCGGAGAGCCAGGGGGGCGCCGGGGGCGGCGGGCUGCUGAGCCUGCAUGACAUUCAGGAGGGCGACGCAGGCGGCGGCGGCGGCGCAGCAGAGGGGCCGGCAUGCAGCGCGCGCAGCUGCGGCGAUUGGGCGGCGGGCGGCCCAGUGUCUGACAGGACGGGGACUGACGGCGAGGUGUGCGAGGGGGUACAGCAGGGCGCUGCAAGUCAGGUGGCAACUGUUGGCAGCGCAGGCAUCCAGGAGGGAGCGGCGCCGCAGCACGAGACGGCCGCCACAGAGCCGGCAGAGGAGCAGUGGGCGCCGGCGCCCCUGGAUGUGGAGGGGCGUGAGGCAGACGACUCCGGUAGUGACGAGGCGAGCACAAUGGUUCAGGGCCAGGAGGAGGAAGCGGUGCCUCUGCAGGAGUAUGUGAGCGCCGCAGCCGCAGAGGAGGGUGCGCUGCCGCCAGCAGCAGGGGCGCAAGUUGGGGCGGACGGGAACACGGCAGCUGGCGCCGAUGUCGCAGCACUGGGAGCACCUGUUCCUGCGGAUGAGCUUGUCAGCAAUUCACAGGAGCAUAGCCAGCAGCAGCUGAGAGUCGCGCGCGGCGGCGCGGGCGAGGAGCGGGCGCAGCAGCCGUGGGAGGGUGCAACACGCGGCGAGCAAGACAAGGAGGGCGCGGUGGAGCCCCAGCCGCUGGAGCAUAUGGUUGAGGACGAGUGA